AUGUCCAGUAACACCAAAAGCACCAGCGAGCUCUCAAUUAAUCUGGAUCCAGAUAACGCAAGUUUUUCUGAUGACAAUAGCGAUGACUUCUUUAUGGAUAAUUCUUUUGAUGUAGAUGAAAUCGAUCACUGUGGUGGAAGUAAUAGGCGAAGUGUCAUAGUUGACUCAAAAGUCACGGAAUCCUCGCCACACCAUUCAACCUCACCAUUACCUGAUAGCGAAGAUGAUGACGCAAACCAAUCAUAUCAAUUGUUGAACAGAUCAUCUAGUGAAAAUGUCAAUACAGAAAAUAUCACAGAACGCAAAUCAGACAAACCUUCGGGUCGGACGAGAGGAAGAUCUAUGAUGAAGGAGUCUGUAGUUGCAAUAAGUUCACCUGAGUCUAACUUAAGCGAGGAUAAAAGGCUUCCCAGAUCUAGAUCAAGGUCUAGCUCGAGUAUAAGAUCAAUAUCUCCAGCGGGAAAAUACAAGCGACAGAAAAGCUCAUUAUUGUAUACCUAUGACGAAAAUGAUGACUUCUUCAAAGAACUUGCUAGGGAAGCCAAAAAAAACACUAGCAUUUCAAAAGAAUCAACACCUGGCCAGCGAAAACGAGUUUACAACAUUAAAUUUCUCUCUAAGCUAGAGGGAACUAUAAAUAAGGCGGUCCAAGUGAAAGUCCUGGGGAAAUACGAAUUUUUAAAAAUACUACCUGCUGCUUUGGACGGAUUGAUGAAGUCCUAUAAGAUUCCUAAGGUAAUGAAAGAUAUUUACAAGGUAGAAAAUGUUACUCUUUAUUGGAACAAUGCAAAACUACUCAAUUUUAUGACUUGUAACUCGCUUCAUAUCCCUCAGGAUUUUGAAAAUGAAGUAUCUGAUAUCGAUGUUACUAUUGUGUCCAAAGAAUAUGAAAAGAACUUUGAGGCGACACUAGAAUCAAAGUUAAAGGAAGAAGAAACUGCUUUGCUUAUAAAAGAGCGCCAGGAGAUCGAAAGAAAGUUAGAGAAGAAGAGAAAUGAACAAGAAGAGUCAGAAUACCGUGAGUUUGAAUCUGAAUUAAAAAAUGUGGAAGAAACACAAGAAAUAAAAGAAAAUGAAACAGUUAUUAAUACAAAACGUCUGCAAGGGGAUGGCCGUCUGUCAGGGAAUAAUAGUGACAGGGAAAAAGUUAUGAAAAUUGCUCUUAUGGGUCAAGAUAACAAAAAAAUCUAUGUUAAUGUUAGGCGUUCAACACCAUUUUCUAAAGUUGCCGAAUAUUACAGGAUCCAAAAACAGUUACCACAAAAGACGUGCAUUAAAUUACUGUUUGAUCAUGAUGAAUUGGACAUGAAUGAGUGUAUAGCCGACCAGGAUAUGGAAGAUGAAGAUAUGGUUGAUGUCGUCAUUCAUUAG